AUGGCCGCGCUGCGCUUCGGGGGGUCCCCGGCGGAGCCGCCCGCCUUCCCCGCGGGCAGGUGGGCGGGGGGCGGCGGGCCCGGCCCGGCCUCGCCCGCCCUCAGGGCGCUUCCCUCGGCCGAGCCGUCGGAGGGGGCGCCGGCGGCCUCGCAGCGUCGGAAGCGGACGAGCUUCACGGCGGCGCAGCUGGAGACGCUGGAGCUGGUUUUCCAGGACACCAUGUACCCGGACAUCUAUCUGCGGGAGAAGCUGGCGGACGCCACCCAGAUCCCCGAGUCCCGCAUCCAGGUGUGGUUCCAGAACCGCCGCGCCAAGUCCCGCCGCCAGCGGGGCCCGCCCCGCCCCGGCCCCGCCGCGCCGCCGCCGCUCUGCCCGCGGCCGCCCCACUUCGCCGCCCUGCGCGCCCCGGAGCGGCCCCGCCGCGCCCUCCCCGGGGCGGCCCGGGCGGAGGACGGCUCGGCCCCUUACGAGUGGCCGCCGGCCGCCGCCUUCCCUCCCUGCCCUGGCUUCGAGGGCUUCCCGCCCGGCCAGCCCGAACCCGCCCCGUUCGCGGGGAGCGCCGCCGGACCCUUCGCGCCGGCCCGCGCCUUCUGCGGGCAGUACUCGCCCGUGUCGGACGCCGAGGACACCAGCGGCUACUCGGAGUCGGGCUCGGAGUGGGAGGAGAACGCGCUCAGCGCCUUCCGCGCCCUCUGA